AUGGUUGCAAUUUUAGAGAAUCAAGAAGAUGAUGAUGUUGAACGAGAAGAUUCUUCAAACCGAAUAGUUGUUAAAUUCGGAAGAUUUAAAAGAGAUGAUGGUUCAGAUGAAGAGAUUGUCACGAUGGAUUUUGGGAUCAUGCUGAUUAAAAAUGAUAAUGCAAAGGCUGAAGUAGCAUGCAUGAUCAUCGCCAUUGCUAUUUCAUAUGUUGUCGAGGUUCUAAGGCUGCAUGUCAUUAGAGUGCACCAAAUCAUAGGGCCUAAAGAAAUAGUUCCCAUGAACAUAUUCUGCCUGUUGCCUCAGUAUGUCCUGUUGGGGAUUGCUGAUGUGUUCAAUGCCAUUGGACUGCUGGAAUUUUUCUACAAUCAAUCACCGGAAGACAUGCAAAGCCUGGGGACGACCUUUUUUUCCAGUGGUAUCGGAAUCGAGAACUUUUUGAACAACUUUUUAGUAAUAGUGGUGGAUAAAAUUACAAGCAGAGGUAAUAACAAAAGCUGGAUUGGAGACAACUUGAAUGACUCUCAUCUAGAUUACUAUAGAUUCCUUUUGGUCAUAUCAACCCUUAACUUAGGGGCCUUCCUUUGGGCAUCAAGCAUAUAUGUCUACAAGAGGGAAACCAACGAAGUCAAUGAGGGUUCUAUUGAAAUGGAUAGUAAAGCCUUAGAGAAAUAUCCAAUAGGAUUUCAAUUAUAA